AUGGGGACCCCGCUCACCAGUGGUGGCCUCUUCUUUUAUAGAUGGAUUCCUCAAAAUCACACUUGCCACCCUUGUCUCCAAGAUUUGGAUCACGGUCUAGAUGCUCCCACCCUUUCUCCUCAAAACUGCCACACCACAGUCUCACCAACCGCCAGGGUGCUCUGCCCUUUCGUGACCAAAUCCCUGAAGCUAGUUUACAUCGCCACGGGGAAAGAUGGCAGGCUUUUUCCCAUGGUGCAUUUUGCCAGUCACCAGUGGAAGGUGACCUCUGAGGUCACCUUAAUUGGAAAUGAACUAGACCUUGCAUGUGGAGAGAGAAUUCUACUGAAGAAGGUCCUGCUGGUUGGGGCAGACAACUUCACACUGCUUGGCAAGCCACUCCUCAGAAAGGAUCUUGUUUGAGUAGAAGCCAUAGUCAUUGAAAAGACAGAAUCAUGGACAAGAGUCAUUAUGAGAUUUAGGAGAAGGAAAAGCUUCAAGAAGAAAUAAUUCAUUGUGACCCCUCAGACCGUCCUCCGGAUAAACAGCAUUGAGAUUGCUCUGUGUUUGUUGUAG